GAUGGCGUCAUAUGACGCAGCGUCGGUUUGCCACGUCGGUCUGCAACUGCAGCGCGAGGAACUUCUGCAACUUUGUGUUUUGCAUUUUAAGGCCGUUAAUAACGAGCAGCGCGCGACACACGCGACACACACUCUCACACACACUCAUCAGAACUCAUCACUCCAUCAUUACUCCAGAGAGAGAGAGAAACAAAUGCGGUUGUUACAGAGUUUAGGAGACUGAUGUCUGCGCUCAUGAUUGGUGUGCGUGGCCGGGCUGCAUUGGGCCGAGACGUGAGGACGGUGUCGCAGGGAGCCGCUGGUGGACAUGCCCGGGGGCCGCAGGGGUCCCAGUAGACAGCAGCUGAGCCGCUGCGCUCUGCCCUCGCUGCAGACACUGGUGGGCGGCGGCCUCAGCAAUGGGGCGGGGCUCAGGUGCAGGAACAGCAGUGCAGUGGGUCUGUCAGCUCCGCCCCUCACGGCCCUCAUCACUCCAGAACCCGUCCGGCAUUCCCGCAUUCCUGAUCUUCCUCUGGACAGUAACCUGCUGUUUGAGUCGCUGCUCUUCCUCUACCUGCUGGUGGCGCUCUUCGUUCAAUACAUCAACAUUUACAGGACGGUGUGGUGGUCUUCUUACAACCAGCCAACAGCCUCCACCUCAAUGAACUACCAUCUGAUGGACUAUCACCUGGCUGUCUUCAUCACCGUGAUGUUGGCCAGAAGACUGGUGUGGACCAUCAUCUCAGAGGCGUCUCAGGCGUCUCCGUCGUCUCUGCUGCGGUACGUGGCUCUGAUCGCGGCCCGUUUGAUCCUGCUGACGCUGUGCGGCUGGAUCCUGUGCUGGACGCUCGUCAACCUCUUCCAGAGAUACUCCGUGCUCAACCUGCUGUUCCUGGGUUAUCCGUUCGGAGUUUAUGUGCCGCUGUGCUGCUUCCAUCAGGAGGGUCGAGCCCAAUCCGUCCCGCCCGACUGCAGCUUCUCCGAGCAGGACGGGUCCGACGGGCCUCUGCCGCGGCCCAAAGACUUCCUCACGCUGCUGCGCGAAAACCUGCGUGAGCAGUUCUCUAGCCCCGCCCACAGCCCCGCCCACACCUGCCCGCCGUCCCCGGAGCUGAUCCGCAGCGAAGUCCAGGAGCUCAAGACCGACUUCAACCGGCGCAUUAAAGAAGUGCUCUUCAACUCGCUCUUCAGCGCUUAUUACGUGGCCUUCCUGCCGCUGUGGUUCGUCAAGAGCACGCAGUACUACGACAUGCGCUGGUCAUGUGAGCAUCUGAUCAUGGUGUGGAUCAACGCGUUCGUGAUGCUGAUGAGUCAGCUGCUGCCGCCCAGUUACUGCGACCUGCUGCACCGCUCGGCCGCCCACCUGGGCCGCUGGCAGCGCCUGGAGCACGGCUCGUACAGCAACGCCCCGCAGCACAUCUGGUCGGACAGCACCAUCUGGCCGCAGGGAGUUCUGGUGCGACACAGCCGCUGCCUCUAUAAGGCCGUCGGGCCGUAUAACGUGGCCUUGCCCUCCGACGUCUCGCACGCCAGGUUUUAUUUCCUGUUCCAUAAGCCGCUGCGGAUCCUGAACCUGCUCAUCGGGAUCGAGUCGAGCGUGGUCCUGUAUCAGUUGUACUCGCUGCUGCGCUCCGAGCGCUGGAACCACACGCUGUCGCUCGGCCUCAUCCUCUUCUGCAACUAUUACGUGCUGUUCAAGCUGCUGCGGGACCGGAUCGUGCUGGGCAAGGCGUACUCGUACCCGCCGGGCGCCGGCCUGGCCGUGAAGACGCAGUGAUGAGACUGAACUCCUCUUGCUUUUGAUACCGUCUAUUUUCAUGCAACCUUUGUAUCUAUUUAAUAAGAUAAUAUUUUAUUUUGUAUACUGUUACACACAACCAGAACACGGGGCAUUACGUUUACGGCACGGUGUCGUAUCCUCUCUCCCCACGAGCCGCGCAGGAGGGAGACGACGAUGUUUUGUAGCCCUCGUCUCACAUGACGUCCAAAUUCAGCCAAAGAUUGAAAACUAAAAAAACUGGAAGAGCUAAUGCUGGCCAAUCACGAGCAAGGACUGGACGGGGCGGUCCGGUUCACUGAGUGCUGACGAUCGUUUCCACUGUUAAGUAUUACCUGUUGUGUGUCCACUUUGUUUCAGUCAAUCUUUGUAGAUAAACAGCACGACAGGAUCGAUUUUAAAGCUUGGGCAAUCAGCAUCCUCAUUUCCUUCUCAUGUUAACUCUGUGCCAAAUCCCAGGGGGCCGUGGGCCAUUCGCAGUGGGCGUGGCCACGUGAGCUCUGGGCGGAGCCCUGGACUGUCAAGCUUGCAGUAUUUUACAAAACCGCUUUUGUUUCAAAGUGCCGAUGACAUCCAGAAUAAAUGACAAAAACCGCC